AUGUCGAUUCUUAGCAAGCUCGCGACAUUCCCCUCCAAACCCCGCAUAUUCAUCCUAACGGAUAUGCUGAACGAGCCCGAUGACUCGCAAUCCUUGGUCCGGUACCUUCUAUAUGCCAAUGAAUUUGAAACACGAGGGAUUUGCGCAACAACGUCCACCUGGCUACGCUCAAGCACUCACCCCGAAGAAAUCCGGCGUAUCAUCACUGCCUAUGGGAAGGUUGUUAAGAACCUCAACAGCCAUGUGAAUCCAGACUUCCAAUACCAGACAGCCGAUGAGCUACUCAAACUAGUUACAUCUGGACCAGCCGUCUACGGCAAAAACGCCCUUCGAGACUCGGAACCUCUGAGCAAAGGCGCACUACGUCUUCUGUCUGCGCUGCAAGAGUCCUCCGAGCCACUCUAUGUUCCAGUAUGGGGUGGCGUAAAUACACUAGCCCAGGCAUUGAGAUAUCUCGCUCAGACCUCAUCUUCAAGAGAAGCGGCCAUUGAGCGGGCCAAGUUGCGAGUCUACACCAUUUCAGACCAGGAUAACUCGGGCCCGUGGGUUCGAGCCAAAUACCCGGAUGUCUUCUACGUUGUUUCUGCGCACGGAUGGAAUCAAUAUGGCCAAGGAAGUUGGCUGGGGAUGAACGGCGGUGCAGGUGACGGGCCCGAUCCAACCAAAGUCCUCAAUCCAUGGCUGAAAGAGCAUAUCCAAGUCGGAGAUUUCGGGGCUGAAGCCUAUCCUCCUGUGAAAUUUGGGAUGGAAGGUGAUACACCGUCAUUCCUGUGGCUUGUUCAGAAUGGGCUCAACCACCGAGACCGCAUUGAUUGGGGUGGGUGGGGAGGCCGUUAUACUCGACCACAAGCUGAGGCGGACUGGGAAGACGGGAUCGACGUCAAUCACUUCUACAAUGCGAGUGAUUUUGGAGUGCUGGGCGCAGACGAGAAACGGUAUAGCGAUCACAAGACGACGAUCUGGCGAUGGCGAGAUGCAGUCCAAGAUGAUUUUGCGGCACGCAUGCAGUGGACUUUAACCGAUCACUUCGCAGAGGCGGGACACCCUCCUAUCGUGGAUAUAAAUAGCCAUGUUGGAGUGGAUUCCCUGAUUCUCCAAGUCAAACCGGGCGAGACGCAUAUUCUGGAUGCUAGCGGUACUUACGACCCGGAUCAUGCGCAUGCGGAGACUGGUCUGGACUAUGUGUGGAUGCUCUACGGAGACGUCAACGGCUUUCAUUUCUUUGGGAAGGGGCCGAAAGUCAAAAUUGAAGCCAUAGAUGAUGAUCCCGUGAGCCAACAGUUGGAUGAUAACUCGGCAGGCUUCUCUAGUCACAUUCGAGGGCACAAAGUCCAGGUUCUGGUGCCACCGAUGGAGAGGAACCCUCAGACAGGGUUGGUUACGCCGGACUUUCACGUCGUGCUACAGGUCACCAACUCAGCAGGGCCAUAUCCAAUCCGAAGGUAUAAGCGAGUUGUCUUUUCUUAUGUAGAUGACGGGUCGCCAGUGCCAUUGGGGAAGAUUCCUGAUGGAUUUGAGUAG